AUAUAACCUCCAUCCUCCUCUCUCCCUCUCUCUCUAAGCUACUAACCAAGCCAACGCCGUUGCCGUAGCUGCCUACCGGGACACUAGCCGGCCGCUUCCUCUUCCGCUCCUUUCAGCUUCGUCUGGAUCGCAGGGAAACCCUCCCGAGCCUCGGCCUUCCUGAGAUCUGCAUGGAUGCUGCUCGGUGGCACCAGGAGAUAGGGCUGGCGGUGGAGCCCAUGGAACUGGUGCCCUCCUCCGCCUUUACCACCACCACCACCACCGCUAAUAGUACUUGCACUACAGCCAGGCCGCAGGUGACGGAGAGAAGGGCCAGGCAGCAGAAGGAGCAGGCCCUCAGCUGCCCCAGGUGCAACUCCACCAACACCAAGUUCUGCUACUACAACAACUACAGCCUCACUCAGCCCAGGUACCUGUGCAAGUCCUGCAAGAGGUACUGGACCGAGGGCGGGUCCCUCAGAAAUGUCCCCGUCGGUGGUGGCUCGAGAAAGAACAAGAGAUCCACCACUGCGGCAUCGGCAAUGGCGUCACAUUCUGAGAAGCUACCGACUGACCUCAUCCCCCCUCCCGUCUCCCUCGCUGCCACUCAGAGGUUCCACCAGGGACAAGACCUCAACCUGGCCUUCCCCGACCCUGAACCCAUCGGCUUCUCCAACCCAAGUGAUGCUGUUGGUGCUCUCUCUGCGAUGGAGUUCCUGAGAACUGGAAUGACUGCCAGAGAUUUCAAGCCUUACCUGCCAUUAAUGCAACUGCCGGAAUACUCGACUGCGUUUGAAUUGCAAGAACUCGGGCCUCCUGCACUUAACUUCCCGAUGAUGGGUUUCCCUUUUGAAGACGUGAAACCAGGAGCCCAUACUACAAGCACAGCCGAUGAGUUCGAGAAGAGCAGGGAACAAGGUGGGGAUCCUCCUGGUUUUUGGAACAGUAUGAUAGGCGGGGAAGGCUCAUGGUAGGAGAGAGAGAGAGAGAGAGAGAGAGGCAGCAGCGCUCCAAGAUCUAAGAGAAACAGGGCAGAAUGGAUCAUCCAUUUUCUUGAUGCUGACACCAACGCAUUACCGAAACAUUUCAUAUCAUGCGCCUUCUCUGUUGUUCAUAUGUCGUAGUAAAAGCUUGAUCUGUACUUGUCCGGCGUAAUCCACACACGACGCAUGGUUGGAGGGGGAUGGCUAAUUGGGUCCGGAAUGGUGGACCUGCAGCAUUGAAUGCUUUGCCGAAGGUCAGACGCUUCACUGCUCUUAAGCAGAUCGGUGUACGACGACGAGGAUCACAACACGUGAACUUGUCGGCCUUGUAUUUAUCUGCACUUUUCUUGGUAUUUUGUUCCUUCUUCCCUCU